AAGGGAAGGGGGGAAGGGGGAGAGAGGUUUCAAGGCCCCCAUGACCACCAUCGUCGCCAUCGCCGUCUUCUCCACCUUCGCCUCUCAAUAGACCCUCUCUCUCUUUCUUUCCCUCGUUCCCUCAUUCCCUCCCACUUAGGUUAGUUGCGCUCAUGAAGGCUGUGGAUCGUUGCUCCUUCGAACCCCUACCAGUUUGAUUUCACGAAUCAAUUGGUGCUGCUGUCCUGAUUGAGUAAUUCUUGAGGUGUAGGGAUUGGAAUGAUUGCCUCGUGCGCAGGAGUGCAUCGCAUGCUUUUGCAGAACCGUGGUUGUAGAGGUUCAAGACGGCGAUGAUUGGAGAGAAGUGGAAGUUCAGUUGAGGCACUGAAGAGGUCGAGGAUUGAGCGCAUGCGAUGGAGAAUCAGGGGACUGCAUUGCAAGUGGACACGGCCGUGCAGGCCGUUCUGGCUGCUUUGGAUUGGAAGUCCUCUCCGGAUUCAAGACAACACGCCACUGCGUACCUUGAAUCGUUGAAAGCUGGCGAAGUUCAUGUAUUAGCUACCGUUGCUUUUGCUUUGGUCAAACCCGAUCGGACUUCUGAAGUCCGUCUUGUCGGUUUGAAGUUGCUUCAGCAUUUGAUACGGAUGCGUUGGGAGAGUUUGAAUGUUGAUGAGAGGCAACAAAUGGUGUCUAUGGCAGUCAACUUGUUACAAGAAAGCGCAAAGCCUAAUGAACCUUGGGUUCUUAAGAGUCAAGUUUCGGCUCUCAUGGCUGAGGUAGCUCGAAGAGAAGGGCCACCAUUGUGGAAAGAUAUGCUCCCUGCUUUGUAUGCUAUGGGCAGCAUCAGUGCUCUUCAUGCAGAAUUAGUCGCGACGUUCUUUCGUUGGCUUCCCGAGGAUGUUACUAUUCAUAAUGAAGAUUUAGAUGGAGAGCGUCGAAGGCAAUUGCUACAAGGUCUUUCUCAGACGUUGCCAGAAACCUUACCAUUUCUGUUCAAGCUUCUAGAUCAUCACUUUGGAACAGCUAUGGCAGCGGCAAAGCAAAAUCAGAUGGAGUCUGUAGCACAACAUGCUGCAGCUGUGACUGCAGCCUUGAAUGCUGUAGUUGCAUAUGCGGAGUGGGCUCCUGUGGUUUCACUCGCUAAUCAUGGGCUCAUCAAAGCAUGUGGUUUCUUGCUGAGUGCUGCGGAGUUCCGCUUAAGUGCUUGCGAGGUAUUCAAGCUUCUGGCAGGAAGGCGUAGGCCACUUGAUGAAUCAGCUGGAAAUUACAAUGUUGUCAUGGAGGGUGUUUUUGACACCCUUUGCAAUGCUUCAAAAGCAUAUUUCUUUGAGCUUAAUAAGCUUGCAGCUUCUGGUGAGGAAAAGGAUGACGAUUUUGAGCGAUUUGGUGAAUGCCUGUGUGAAGCGAUGGUGGCUUUGGGCUUGCAAAAUCUUCAUUGCAUUGCUCGAAAUGAUUCAAAAGUUACUGAUUUUCUUCAUCAGAUGCUUUGCUUCCUUCAACAUCCUAAGCUUGCUUUACAUUCUCUAGCCUUACCUCUUUGGGCGACAUUGCUUCGGGAGUCGUCCUUGGCUAUGAGUACCACAGAUCAUCAAGGGCUCACUGAAAAGGAAAAGGAGAAGCGAAGUCAUGCAGUUCAUAUCUCUCCGGACUUUUGUGCUUUACUAUUAGACAUUGCAUUUCAACGGCUAUUGAUUAAAGAUGGUGGAGAUGAAAGCUGGGUUCAAGAGUUUUCGAGUGCUAGUGACUUCAGCCAGUUCCGGAGUCGACUCGUUGAGGUCGUUCGUCAUGUUGCAUCUCAGCAACCUGUUCUAGCAGCCUCCAAAGUUGCCGGUCGCCUCCAGGUUGCUUUUAGCAGUUCAACCUUCGAAUCGGUAUCUAGCAAGGAAGUUACGACUCUUGAGACCACCCAAUCCUUUCUUGAGAACAUCAUGAACGGAAUACAAGAGAAGACCAUGGCAGCUGCCUUGGCCAUCAGUGCAUCUCCUAAUGAACUCAAAACCCUUCUUGAAGGUAUCUUGCAACUCUUGUUGACAGUGAAAUGGGAAGGACCUAUACUGGUUGAGCUUCACACGCGUCAUUUCGAUGCCAUGGGUCCUUACUUCAAGCAUGCCUCAGCUGCCAUUCCUGUUGUUGUGGAAAAGCUCUUCGAGCUUUUGACAUCUUUGUCUCCGUCCAGAGAAUAUGGGGAUACUGAGAAAGAUACUAUGAGAGCUCGACUUCAAGUGUGUACCUCCUUCCUACGACUAGCAAGGGCAGGGGAUGCAGCCAUGUUGCCGUACAUGCAGGGUAUUGCUGAAAGAAUGACAACAUUACAUAGUCAAGGACGUAUGGUGCGAUCAGAGCUAAAUCUUUUAGGCGAGUCACUAUUAAUCGUUGGAUCCGCUGCAGGGAGUGAGCAGCAGUUGCAGGUCUUAGGCUGGCUCUUUGGGCCUAUGCAGCAGCAAUGGAUCCAACCUGCUUGGCAAGACAAGUACUUGGCUAACCCUGCAUGUCUUGUUCGACUUCUUAUUCAAGAUUCGAGCAUUGCUGAUGCGCACGAGGAAAUGUGGUCGAUGUACCAUACAGUGACUUUCUUCGAACGAGCACUUCGGAGGUGUACGAGUCCUGUUGGUAAAGCCUCCAGUGAUCCAUCAGCUACUGCUGACUAUGUUGAUAUAGAUGGUGCAGUCACGCCGACCACUGGUCAUGCCAUGAUCCCACAUUUAACAUGGAUGGUGUCGCCUCUUUUGAAGCUCUUAAGGUGCAUGCAUGCAUUGUGGUCCCCAUCAGUGGUAACAAGCUUACCUCUUCACGUGCAAGGAGCCUUGGUAAUGACUGAAUCUGAGCAAGCCGCUCUCCUUGGAGAGCUGGCACCAUCUAGGGGAAGUGCUGUCACAGGAGCUGACUCUGGAAGCAACAUUGAACACAACAAAGUAAAAGAAAUUAGGACGUGGUUAAAAGGUGUCCGCGAUGCUGGGUAUAACAUUUUAGGACUCGCUGCUAUCCGGGUUGGAGAAGGUUUUUUCGUUGAAGUAGAUGGACGAUCUGCGGCUCUGGCAACUGCGUUGCUUGAGAAUAUUGAACAUAUGGAGCUUCAUCACACUCGUCAGCUCCUUCAUCUGGUCGUGAUUCCGCUGGUGAAAGUUUGCCCCGCUGCUUUGUGGGAUCCAUGGUUGAGGUUGCUCUUACCACCAGUUCUCAUCCAUUGCCAUCGGGUACUGACAACAGCUUGGACUAGCCUAAUCAGAGAGGGGUCAGUGAAAAUCCCUAGUAAUCGGUCUGUAGGUUCAGAUAUCAACUAUCAGAGCUCUAUGCAGCAGAUAAAGUCAGAGGUCAUAAAAGAGAAGCUCUUAAGGGAUUUGACGCGAGAGACUUGUCAGUUGCUCUCCACCGCAGCUUCUCCAGCACUGAAUCGUACAACUCAACAGGAUACAUCCGAAGGGGAUGGCGGGGGGAUGGAUGUCGCAGGGUUGCAGCAGUUAAAUACAGGGAACAGUCUGAUCUGGUUUUUACUGCAGCUUGGAGAGGCAGCGACAGCUGCUCUUCAUGUGGGAAUCGAUGCUCUGGAGUGGCCAGACAGUGAGUCUGUCCACAAGGCUCUUGUUUUCUGUGCUGCUGUUACAAAUGUGGCUGCAUUGGCCAGUGAUUCUCAGCUGCAGGAGGUGGUUGCAAAGGACAUGUUUAGUUCUGCUAUUCGUGCGCUCAUGUUGGAGAGCAAUGCAUCUGCACAGUCCGAGCUUGUAGGGCUACUUCGCGAUAUUUACUUGCGAAUUGGCUCUCGCCUCUCAACUCCUCGUCAGGUCCUUUUGGCUCUCCCUUCGAUAACCCCAGACAGCUUGUCAACCUUUGAAUCUGCAUUAUAUAAAAGUGCGAGUGCUAAGGAACAGCGGCAGCUUAUCAAGAAUUUUUUGCUCUCUGCUGGAGGAGACCAGCUUAAGGCCCUCCUACCUCAGAAGAAUACAAAUGUCAUUACUAACGUCACAAAUCCUGCUCCAAGGCGUUUUUCAGAGCGAGCAUCCCAUCGUGAUCGGGAAGAGUUUGGCAACAUCGGAUUGGCAGCUAUCAUCUGAGUUUGAACACCUGCCUCAGACAAAAAGUUCCAUCUUUCACCCUGCUAAAAGAACCAAAACCUGCAUGAAUAAAGUGCGGCUAGGUCGUAUUCAUAUUGACGUACGGAGUAUGUUCUUCUAGAGUUCCGACAUAAACCCUCAAAGCUUUUUGACUCGGAAGAUUAAGGGAUUUACACGUAAUAGUUCGCUGCUUGGUAGGAGUGGCAAGUUCACUAGUUGGCCAUUGUAUGGCUACAAACUAUCACUUGAGUUUUGUUCCCGGAUAAUGGAUUUUUAGUUCACAUGUAGAUUUCUGAUU